GCAGCGCUUGGGGCCAGCAGAGACGCGCCCCAGUCGAAUCCUGUACUCGCGCGGCCCGGCAUUUUCCGAGAGCAGUAGCCCGGCGGACCCGUCGUCCCCAGGGCGCAAGGGCGCCCUUUCUAGGCAGUGACAAAGGUGCUCUUGGGCCUCGUGCCUCUGGCCAUUGUCCAGGAAGGUGUGUGCAAGCCGAGGAAGCAUGAGGACGCCGGAAGACUCCUCAGGAACAGUCCUGCACCGUCUUAUCCAGGAGCAGCUGCGCUAUGGCAACCUGACUGAGACACGCACACUGCUGGCCAUCCAGCAGCAGGCCCUGCGGGGUGGGGCUGGAGCUGGGGGCACAGGGAGCCCCCAAGCCUCCCUGGAGAUCUUGGCACCUGAGGACAGCCAGGUGCUGCAGCAGGCCACAAGGCAGGAGCCCCAGGGCCAGGAGCACCAGGGCGGUGAGACCCACCUGGCAGAGAAUACCCUCUACCGGCUGUGCCCACAGCCCAGCAAGGGCGAGGAGUUACCCACCUAUGAGGAGGCAAAAGCCCACUUGCAGUACUAUGCGGCCCAGCAGGCGGGGCCCCGGCCACAUGUUGGUGACCCGGAUCCCCGAGGGGCCCCUGGAGGCCAUCGGAGGCAAGAUGAGGCCCUGCGAGAGCUGAGACAUGGGCACGUGCGCUCCCUGAGUGAACGGCUCCUGCAGCUGUCCCUGGAGAGGAACGGUGCCCGGGCCCCCAGCCACAUGAGCUCCUCCCACAGCUUCCCUCAGCUGGCCCGCAACCAGCAGGGCCCUCCACCCAGGGGCCCCUCUGUCGAGGGCCCGGAGCCUCGUGGACCUCCACCUCAGUACCCACACAUUGCGCUAGCUCAUGAGACCACCACUGCUGUCACCGACCCGCGGUACCGUGCCCGGGGUAGCCCACACCUCCAGCAUGCUGAAGUCAGGAUCCUGCAGGCCCAGGUGCCUCCUGUUUUCCUUCAGCAGCAGCAGUACCAGUACCUGCAGCAACCCCAGGAGCACCUUCCACCCCCACACCCUGCUGCUCUGGGCCAUGGCCCACUAGGCUCCCUCAGUCCACCUGGGGUGGAGGGGCUAGCAAGCACCCAGGUGUCCCCGGCCACCUCGGGCAGUGCCCAACUGGCCCAGAUGGAGACUGUGCUGAGGGAGAAUGCCAGGCUACAGAGGGACAACGAGAGGCUACAAAGAGAGCUGGAAUGCUUAGCAGAGAAGGCUGGCCGAAUGGAGAAGCUGGAAAGUGAAAUCCAACGGCUCUCCGAGGCCCACGAGAGCCUGACGAGAGCCUCUUCCAAGCGGGAGGCCCUGGAAAAGACCAUGCGGAACAAAAUGGACAGUGAAAUGAGGAGGCUGCAGGACUUCAACCGGGAUCUUAGAGAGAGAUUGGAAUCUGCAAACCGCCGCCUGGCGAGCAAGACGCAGGAGGCCCAGGCUGGCAGUCAGGAUAUGGUGGCCAAGCUGCUUGCUCAGAGCUAUGAGCAGCAGCAGGAGCAGGAGAAGCUGGAACGGGAGAUAGCACUGCUGCGUGGUGCCAUCGAGGACCAGCGGCGGCGGGCGGAGUUGCUGGAGCAGGCUCUGGGCAAUGCACAGGGCCGGGCUGCACGAGCUGAGGAAGAGCUGCGCAAGAAGCAGGCCUACGUGGAGAAGGUGGAGCGGCUGCAGCAGGCCCUCGGGCAGCUGCAGGCUGCAUGUGAGAAGCGUGAGCAGCUGGAGCUACGUCUGCGCACGCGCCUGGAACAGGAACUCAAGGCCCUGCGUGCACAGCAGAGACAGGCCGGCAGCCCCACUGGUAGUGGCAGCGGUGGGUCCCCAGAACUGAGUGCCCUGCGGCUAUCAGAGCAACUGCGGGAGAAGGAGGAGCAGGUCCUGGCGCUGGAGGCCGACAUGACCAAGUGGGAGCAGAAGUAUUUGGAGGAACGUGCCAUGAGGCAGUUUGCCAUGGAUGCAGCCGCCACAGCCGCUGCGCAGCGCGACACCACUCUCAUCCGACACUCCCCCCAGCCCUCACCCAGCAGCAGCUUCAAUGAGGGCCUACUCGCAGGCGGCCACAGGCAUCAGGAGAUGGAAAGCAGGUUAAAGGUGCUCCAUGCCCAGAUUCUGGAGAAGGAUGCAGUGAUCAAGGUCCUUCAGCAGCGCUCCAGGAAAGACCCUAGCAAGGCCACCCUGCGACCCGCCAAGUCUGUGCCAUCUAUCUUCACGGCUGCUGCAGCAGGGACCCAGGGCUGGCAGGGACUCUCCUCUAGUGAGCGGCAAGUGGAUGCCCCUGCCUGGUUGGCUGCAGCAGACAAGGCUCCUGUGGAGGAGCUAGUGGCCACAGCUCCCCUUCCUGCCCACGCCAAACACGGGAGCAGAGAUGGAAGCACCCAGACCGACGGCCUCCCAGACGGCACCGCUGCCUGCCUGGGACUGGAGCCCGACAACCUUCUGGGGUGCAGCAGUGGCCAGAGGACAGCCUCACUGGACUCUGUCGCUGCAUCGAGGGCCCAGGACUUGUCAGACAUGGUGGAGAUACUGAUCUGAAGGAGCUGGUGCCAUGGGGACUCGGAACCGUUCCCUGCUCUCCUCUGCCACUCGCGGCCAUUCCAGCAGCCCCUCCAACUGCUGUUUCCCUACACCCCGCAACCGAGCACUCAUUCCCAUUGGCCAUCUGGUUCCAGGAGCUUCGGAAGGAUGUGCAGGGUAGAGGGAUGCUGUGUGAGCCCCUGUGCCCCAGAAGACCCUGCCUCUUGGCCCCACCGUCCUCCCGGGCCCGAGCAGAAUGAGGACUCGGCCUUGACCUGCUCCCUGCCUUGCUGCUGGGAUAGUGACUGAAGGCCUGGAAGAGAGCUGACACUCAGUCGCGGAGGAAGGGAGGGGCUCUGCUGGUUUAAGGGGCUGACUUCCAGGGAUGGCUGCCCGUGGACAACUGGUGGGCUGGUUUGGUAAUCAAGCUGAUGGCCAUGGUGUCCCCCUCUGGCUAAGUGUGGUCCAACCAACCUCAUCUGCUCCUCAGCUACUCACUGCCUCCUUGGGAUCACUAAGACUUGUUUCUUCGGGGGAUGUUGAAGGUGUUAGUCCUACAGAAGCCACGGCAUCAUCCCCUCACUUGGAGUGGGCAGGGGCUGUCUAAGUGGACUGGGAUCUGCUGGGCAGUUUGUAUAUAAGUCCCUUUCUUGUGGGACAGACUGAAGCGUUUUGCUUCGGACUCGUCCCUUCCUGAGCUCUCGUCCCUGCUGCCGUGGCUCCUGUAAUGUCUGACCAGCUUCCCAGUUAGCUCCCGUGCUCAAGUUCUUGGCCCGUGGAUUUUGAUACUGAUUGAGCCACGGGAUACUGACCGUCCUCCUCCCAUCUUGACCUGGUUUAAAUGCCCAUGGGACACCCCCACCACCCACCAUCACCGGCCUCUUGAAAUAGCUCCACAGCUCCUGUCCCUGGGACACCUGUCAGUUUCAAUUGGGUUAUGAACCCUGAGCCAGAUGAAGUGAGCGGCCACACGGACCUCUGCUAUGGUGGGCUUCCCUGCACCGGUUCUCGAAGAAAACGAGAAGCUGCCUUGUUCCCACCUGGAAGGAUUGAGAGGCGGUGCUGGUGCAAACUAGUCCGUGAGCUUCGAGGUGGGACUCAGCGCUUUGAAGGGAGCCCCUCGCAAAAUGACACUGUGAGGCUGGCUUCUCAAGCUGCCAGGGCCCAGUGCCCUGGAGCAGGGCCAGUGCUUGGACUGGAGCGGAGCAUCCACAUGGCAGCCCGCCAGCAGCGCUGACUGACUUCUGGUCUUAACGAGUCCCCCAGCUCAGCCCCAGGAGCGACGGGUCAGUUUGAGCAGUUGGUCUCGACUGUUUUUAGUUCUCCUUGAAUCUUUGUUUUUUCCUUUCCUGUUUUUAAGUUCUGUAUGUGUUAUUUUAUUCCCGUGGUUCCUUUUAGAACAUUUGCACUUGCUGGACAACUGCAUAUUUUUUUAAGCCCCCCCGACCCCUCGUAAAGCUGAAAACUACAUUUGGUUCAUGUGCAUUGUUUACAAAGAAAAAAGAAAAAGAAAAAAUGGUAAAAAGGUAUUG